AUGGAACACGACGUCAAGAACAAUCUCUUUAUCGAAGCUGGCCAGUUCCAGAACAACCUCUAUGAAACCAGUAUCGAUAGCAUGAGAAUGGUUGCUCAGCAGUCAGUUGCUAAUAUCUAUCCGAUUGCGAUUAUCAAGCCAACCAGUCAACAUCAUAUAAUGCAAUUGGAUCAUUCACUGAACGAGGACGAGGCCAUGCAACAAUUCCAACGAUGCCAACGAUUAGAGCAAACGUUUGGAGAUUUAUUCACACACGUCAUCUCGCAUGCACAAUCGGCUGAAGAAGUCAUCAGUCGCGUGCAGCACCUCAUCGCUGCCGAGGGACGACCGUACGUUUGGGUGCCAAAUAACAAUAGGCAGAUUUAA